AUGUUACAGUGUGUGAGUCCGACGGAUUGUGAUAUUAUACGGGAGUACGGCUGUGCGGUCGUGGAUUGUAGUUGGGCGCGGUUGGACGACACUCCCUUCAACAGAAUGAAAACGCCUCAUCCUCGCGUACUGCCAUUCUUAGUCGCUGCAAAUCCAAUAAAUUAUGGAAAGCCUUAUCAGCUGAGCUGUGUAGAGGCUAUAGCAGCUACUCUGAUUAUAACAGGAUUUCCGAACGAGGCCGAGCUGUAUCUCGGAAAAUUCUCAUGGGGACAUUCGUUCUUAGAGCUGAACAGCGAACUAUUGGAAAAGUACACUCUUUGCACAAGCAGCGAAGAAAUAAUUACAGCACAAGAAAUGUAUUUAAAGAAAGCCUGGCAAGAGAAAUUAGAUAGGCUUACGCUUCCUGAUUUUCCGGAAAACAAUACGGAAUCCGAAGAAGAGAAGGAAGAGAAAGAAGAGAAAGAUACGCAUGCGGUCUUAAAAGUAACUGAGGACCUGAGCGAUAUGAAAAUAUAAAGUAUAGUCAUUAAAGAUAGUUGACUUUUUAACGAAAUUCUUGAUUUUGAAUUUCCAACCAUUACGAUUUAAA